AUGGAGGAAAGUCUCAAUUUCCAUCGAGCAGUCAAACAGCUCCAGGGCGGAAAGGACGCCCCAAGACUUGCGCAAACCUUGCUUCAACAGCUCACCCAAGAUGAGAAACUGGGUUUGCUACAUGGCGACCCGCCUUUCUGGAAAGGUUUCUCCCAUCUUUUUGGCGGCGAAUACACAAAGCGACCCUAUAGCCACGGAAAACUAGAUCGUCUGGGAAUCCCAGGCGUACAAUACUGCGACGGUCCUCGAGGAGUCAACAUCAACCAGGCCACCGUCUUUCCGUGCAGCACAGCUCGAGGUGCAACCUGGGAUACCGCACUAGAGGAAAGCGUCGCGCGAGCCAUCGGUCGCGAAGCUCGAGUCUAUGGAGCCAACUGCGUAGGAAGCGUCUGCGUAAACGUACCACGACAUCCAGCUUGGGGUCGUGUGCAAGAGACUUACGGCGAGGAUCCUCUUCUCUUGGGCGAGUUUGGGGCUGCGCAUGUUCGCGGUCUGCAGGAAAAUGUAAUGGCAUGUGUCAAGCAUUUUGCUCUCAACUCAAUGGAGACGGCUCGAUUCCGUGUCAACGUGUCGAUCGACGCUUGUGCACUUCAUGAGGUCUAUCUGCCCCAUUUCAAACGGUGCAUUGACGCUGGCGCACUCUCCAUCAUGACGGCCUACAAUUCUAUCAAUGGAGAAUGGGCAGGCGAGUCAGUCGCUCUCAUUCGUAACAUCUUGCGCGAGAGAUGGAGCUUUUCGGGCAUCGUCAUUACAGACUGGCUGUUUGGUCUGCGAGACGGAGUCAAGUCAGUUAAAGCGGAUCUCGACAUCGAAUGCCCUUUCCAGAAUCGCAGGCAGACAUCUCUGCGUCCUGCCCUUGAGUCAGGAGAGAUAAGCUGGUCUGAUAUUGACAGAAUAGCCAGCCGUAUCAUACAAACUCAGCUGACGUUCUAUGCCAAUCGCCAAUCGGUCGAGCCGGAAAGGGCGGUCGUGUUUGGUAGAGAACACCGUGAGUUGGCGAGGACUGUUGCCUCAAGAGCCAUUGUUUUGCUCAAGAAUGGCCUCAUCAAUGAACAGCCACUUCUUCCUCUAUCGCAAUCCAUCAAGACUUGCGCUAUAGUUGGUAGACACGCCGAUACUGCACUGACUGGCGAUCGCGCCUCAUCUUGGGUCCACUGCCCUGAAGUCAUCUCUCCCUACCAAGGCCUGAAAGAGCAACUCCCACAUACAUCAAUCACUCUUUCAGCAUCCAGAGAUAUCAGGGCUGCAGUGGAAGCGGCAAGAAAGUCUGAAGUGGCCAUAGUAAUGGUUGGCUACGACGGCGAUGACGAAGGAGAAUUCCUCAAGCCCUCG